CUAGCGAUAAGUUGGUAGGAAGUGUGAAGAAACUGAUACAGGGCAAGACUUUGAACGAGAGCAGACGUUUCAAUAAACGCCAAACCGUCGAUCAAUUUUUAUAGAUCACGUCACUUGAUCGGCAGCUUCGACAAGCUAAACAUCGCACAUUUCGGAUUAAUUCGGAUUAGUUGGGCGCAAUGUGGACAUUUGUGUUCUCUCCAAAGACAGUAUUCAGUUGGGUGUUGUUUAUGUGCUUGUGCACUUCAAAUUACGCCCAGCAGUCAGGAUGUUUUAAUGAAUUGAGUGUACCCAUUUACUCCCCGUGUUUUUGCGAAGAAACUGGGCAAGGAAGUCUGAACAUUACAUGUUUAGGAGAUUUAGUUACGAACCAGGAAAUUCAGAGGAUUUUUCAGGACUCAACAGCGACUGUAAUAAAUCGAUUCGCUUUAAUACCAGCUGUCACCACACCCGGUCAACCAGACGGUCCAGACUUGAUUAAAGUUAUUGACAACCUGCUGUCUGACAAACGCGCACGUAUCAUUGAAAUUGCCACCUGCCCAUCUGGGUCCACCCUUGACAUUAGUCUAAGAGCUUUCCGGACGUCGAACGUCUAUGCCCAGGAAUUUUCCAUCACCGAUUGCGACAUCGAUCAACUCAACUGGUUAUUUCUCCAGAACUUUACGCGAAUCGUAAACGUCCGAUUGACAACUGUGAGUGGAAUUAACUCCAUCAGCUCUCUACCCAUUCUAAGAAAUGCCGAACAGUUAACUUUCGACAACUGUCUGGGUUUUGACAAUUCGCUAUUUAGUUUCCCAGCGGCUAAGCUUCCGGCGUUGAAGACACUCAACUUUGUCGGAAACACCGACCUCGACAACCCAGUGGCUGACAACAUACUACUCGCAUUAGCCACCGCCAGCGUCCCACUUACAAAUUUGAACAUCCGCCAGUCGCCGUUGAUUACUCUCGUCCCUAAACACAUCGGCGAUAUCUUGAGUUUGACCUCCAUCAACUUGUCGAAUAACCAGAUAAACUCUGUCGACUCAAACGCGUUCAGCUUUAUAAACGAUCGCUCGGUUCGAUUCUUAAACCUGUCUAAUAACGUGGUGAAUACCAUUUCAUACAACGCCUUCAGUACAGGCAAUUACGGCGGAGCAAUCGUGCCACUUGAUAACAACUUGUUGACUUUGUUCGAAUGGGAAGUUUUCUUGGACGUCCUCGUCGAAAUGAAUCAGACUGGCUCUGGACUUGUUUCAAUUGCCGGAAAUGGCAUCACUUGCGAUAACUGCCAAUUGGCUUGGCUCAUCCGAGACAACCCAACAUUGUUGCAGUAUGUGUCUGGCGGAACUUGUGCGGAUGGCACUACCUUUGAAGAGCUAGAUCCUAGCGAAUACGGCUCCAUCUGUGCUGUUAUCACGCCCAGCCCUGCAACUACUUCUACGACUGAGCCCCCAACCACUACAACACCCCUAACCACUACAACACCCCUAACCACUACAACACCCCCAACCACUACAACACCCCCAACCACGACUGAAAUUCCAACUACAGAAAUCCCAACCACGACUGAAAUUCCGACCACUGAAGCCCCAACAACGACAACUACUACAACAGUUGAGACGACUAGGACGACAGCCACAACUUCAACUAGUACGGGAACAAUUUCGACGACUAUCGGACCACCUAAUAACGACACAAACACUCAACUCUUGUUGUACAUUACCUGUGGUCUUGUUGCUCUGAUCGUGUUGAUCCUGAUCAUCGGAUGCAUCUACAUGGUCAUCGCCAAGAAUUCACGCAAGCGUAGGAGAGAAUCUUUGGCGUCCGUAAGAUCCGACGCUUUCAGUGCUCGAAGUGGUCCUCCUCCGAUCCCAGUGAACAAUACCUUAACAGGAGUGCCUCGAUCGAAUUACGGCCCCACUCCUCAGGUACCUACAACAUUGCCUCGAGCCAAUAUUCCAGCCAUUGUUCAAGGACCUGGAGGCAAGUUGUACGUGCAGUCUACGGGGGCCGCUUACACAAACCCCGCAAAUAACACAGCAAAGUCCAACAAGCAGCCAACCCAAGGCAAAUCUACGACUACAACGCGAAAGGGUUACUAACAGACAAGUCAAAAACAUCACACCAUGAUUUCCAAUGUUAAUAUCUAAAAUCAAAUAGCAUAUAGAAUUCGAUACUUACACUUAAAGCACACA